AUGCGUGAACAAGUCAAGUCAAUGGAUUUCGACCUGAGAAGGCGCCAGAGGGACACCAGGUUUCGGCCUUGGUUGACCAACAGCGUCCUUCGAGGACGGUUAUCUGGUCUCGACGGUAGUGAGGAUGCCCCCAAGCUACCUGAGAGCACCACUGUGGCAAUUGUCUCGGACCUGCCACCAUCCACUACCAGCUUGUGCGUUCCAGAGGAGCAAGCUGCGGACAACACCAAAAAAGAGCAGGCUAACACCUGUCUCUCCAAAGCUUCGGCUGCGGGCUCCAAGAUCCCCCAACGGGUGGGUCUUGAAGGUGUUUUGUCUCGCACUUGCUAUCCUCUAGCACUUGCUGGGGAUGGUGAGCGUGGGAAGGGCAAGUCAACCGCCGUGUCUCCUACCGUCACAGGGGAGAAGACUUUUGCGUCCCGGCUUCCCGUCCGUGUCAAGAGUUCGUUUGCUGGGCGCUGGCCUUCCAAGGUACAACCCAGCAACCCUCUUGAUGCUCAUACGGAGUCGUCCGAGGGCAAAGGAGUUGGCAAAACCUCGGAGGAGGAGGACGUGGUGGAGAAGGAGAAGGAGGAGGGAGAGGAGUGGUUUGAGGGGAUGUAUGUAGUAGGGCAUCAAGGCGCACUUAAGCUGAUGCAGAGUUGCUUUAAGCCGGAGCCAAUCAAGAGUCAUCGAACUGGUCGUCCAGGCCGUUCGAUCUUGAAGCACCGUGCCGAACUCUCUGAUGAAGCGAAAGUGACGACAGGCGCUUCUCCUGGGGCGGAGUCAUCCAAGCCAGUUAAGAAGUCAGUCCUGAUCACUCGCCACCAACCGUUCACCACACCAGCUCGCCACUGGGGUCUGGGAACGUGGGAGAGAUCAUCAGAAUGUCAGCAGGAUAGACCUGAGGGCGUUGAAGGUCAAGGUUGGCUCGAGGAUCAGGCCGUUCGUGGUUAUGAUUACUUGAAGCUUUCAGGAGGCAUAUUUGGUGGUGAGUCUCAUGAAUUCUCUUCCAUGGAAGACGUCUUCUUUUAA